AUGAGGCUGAUCUUCCUUGUGUGCCAGCUUGGACUCAUUUUAAGGACCAAGGCCCAGACACCAGAUGCUUGCCUUCUUAGCGAUACAAACAGACCUCCAAGAAAUACGGACAUAACUGUGGUCUGUGGAACUCAGAAUAUGGACCUGAGCAUCUACAUCUGCCCUAUGUACCAAGCUCUUUACAACGAGUCAAUGAUGGUCCUCAAUAAUCAGUUCAAUACACCGGAGUGUUUUGGGAAGGCUGACUGGAACGUGACCCCACCUGUCUUAAAAUUCAGAUUCCCCAUGAAUGAAAGUGCUAUCUCAUCCUGCAAAAAUCAAUUUAAGAUAACCACUCAGGUUGGAAGUGGAGCGUUUGCGGACUUCUCAAACGUCCAGUUCGUCAACAUCUCUGGCAUCAUUAACUCUGUAGACCCCUCUGCGGGUAUGAUCACCUAUCGCCAGCAGAUCCUGUACAAGUUUUCCUGCUUCUACCCAAUGCAGUAUCUCCUGAACAACACUCAAGUGGCCGUAUCAGGGGUGAGUCUUGCUGUAAGAGACAACAAUGGUAGCUUCAUCACCACGCUGAGUAUGCAGCUCUACGAAGAUAGCCUUUACACAAAGAUCCUUACUAUCCCGCAAACAGGACUAAACCUGAAGACCAAGAUUUAUGUUGCAGUUAAAGCUACCAACCUAACAGAAAGGUUCAACGUGCUGCUGGACAGAUGCUACGCAUCAAUAAAUCCAUAUCCCAUGCUCACCACCUAUUAUGACCUUUUUGUAGGGUGUCAACGUGACCCACAAACUAAAGUGGACCUCAACGGGGCGUCUCAGAAAGCAUACUUCUCCUUCGAGGCCUUCAGAUUUGUGGAGCAUAAAAAUCUGACAAUUUCUACUUUCUACCUGCACUGCGUCACCAGGCUCUGUGAGGUGGCCUCGUGUAGUGCAUUAAUGCCUACCUGUGGUGCCAAAAGAAGGAGAAAGAGAGAGGCUGCAGAUGGGAUUGGCAACGGAACAGUCACCUCGCCUGCAAUUAUUGUGGGAAAACUAAGCAGUGAUGACGCUCAAACUUACUCGGCUGCUGUAGGUAUGCCACCCGAGGCCAACUACAGCAGCCCUGUGGUGGCUGUAAUUGUCUGCAUCGUGAUCCUAACUAUUCUCCUUGUCGCCAUGGGUGUUUACUUUGCGGUGUUCAUCAAACGGAGAAAAGCACUCAUCCAGUAA